CACACAAAGGUCAUAGUUCAGGAAAAUAUGAAGUGACGCAACUAGCUUGCAAGGCAGGUAAAGCCGUGGAAAUAACGCCCAGGAGGGAGCUACUUUAUGAAAUAUACAGUUCAAACAAAAUGAAUUAUAAAGAAACAUAACCAAGCUUCGUAUUUUCUCCGACGAUGCUGUGUUUGGGUGCAAAUGUGGUGAGGUCGUCAAUGUCUUUACGAAAGCUGUGCAUCCUCUCCCUGCUAAACCUGAGACAUCGGUUCUAUCAUUCCCCUCUGCGGUCGUGGAGUGGAGGUCAACACGGCUGUAUCGGACGCUGCCUCUCUACUGGACCAGAUUCACCUGCUCCUCCCACACUAACUGACUCCUGUGAGUGCACUGACCCAGAACCCAGCCACAGUACCUCUGCCUGGUCUCCUGACCAGGGUCCACCGCCUGCUCCCACCCACUGCUGCAUGAGUGGCUGUCAUAACUGCGUGUGGAUCGAACAUGCAGAGCAGCUGCUGGCGUACUACCACGAUGGAGGCGACCGGGCGCUCGCCGCUAUUGAGGAGAAUGUCCUCGACGAGAAUCUUAAAACCUACCUAAAGAUGGAGAUCAGACUCUUGAAAAAGACGUGACUGAUGUUUUUACUGUCAGUGGCUUCGACCACAGUGUUGACAUAGAAUAAGUGUUAUGAGCGUUCUUAGUAAGAAUCUUUUCACUGACUGAGCGUAAGCACUUUAUAACACACUCAAGGCACUGAUUUUACCUCCAGCUUUUCAAUUCCUCCUCCUGUGGGUCACACAUUUCAUGUCUGCAGAACAUUUCAGACAACUGCCACAAGCUACCUGGUCGGCAGGUGAAAAGUAAAGGUAGCUGUUGGCUGAAGGAGUCCACCUGUCCUGCCUGAUAGACAAAACAUUCAGCUGUAGCUAAUGAUAAAACAGUUAAAGAAUAAUUCCAGUUUAUUACAAUUUGGAUGUUAUUAUGGUAGCUUUGUCCAUAAUUUCUAUCAUUUAUGAGAACAUUGUACUCAACAAAGUAAUUGCUGAGACCUGGGAACAAGUGACAUCACUGCAACGAAGUCUGACAUGCAAGGAACACGAGGAGUCAGACAGAUCGUACAGGCUGUACACAAACCAACAGGUUAUUCAGAUGAUCAAAACCACUUUAUUUGGAGGUAAAACUGAAAGUGAGCACACCUGAACUGUUUGUAAUAAUCCCUCAUUGCACAGGAAAAUUAUGAUCAGUGUGGUAAGUUGAGGCAGAAUGUCUCUCUCUAAACUGUGAUGGAUGUUUACAACGGACAGUUUAGGGAAUAUUGUUACAAUCUGACUGCAUUUUCUCUUCCAAAUAAGUUUGGCUAACCUGGAGGUUUGUUUCCAACAUGUCCGACUGUUCCUGUUUCUUGACCUAUUAGACUUCUUUCUAGUGAUGUCUGGUGUUCCCAGAUCACAGCAAUUCACUUUGUGAGUACAGCGUGAUUAUUACUGAUGGGAAUAAUGCCAAACGUUAGAGAAAUCAGACCUAGGUUGUUUGAAACUGGAAUUCAGGAAUGCCUGAAUUGUUGUCACAUUAGUCUUUGCUUUAUUUCGUGAAUUGCUUGAAGUGGUGGGUUUCUGAUAGUGUGUGUUUAGUAAGUGAUUGCAGGUAUUGCAGUUGUUAGUGUAAGACAAUUUACAUGGCAGGUAAUGUCUUUGGGCAUCAUUAGAAAAUUUUUACUUUUAUUUUCUUCUUUUUUCUGUGUAGUCCAUUGAUUCACUGUCAUGUUCGUUUAGUCAUGAAACACCUUUGUUGUUUUUAUCAGUUUGAAGUUUGAACUGAAGUGUUAAAAGUAUAUUUUUAUGUGUUUACUGAUCAUUUGAUUCAUUCUAUUUAAGACUAUUUAAAUUAUGUAUUUGAAAUUUAUUUUUAAGGGUUUGUUAAAUAAAUGUUCUUUUAUUUUCUUGA